AUGGAAAAAUCAUCUACGAACGAAACAAUGGUUCUAACUAUAAAAAAUUUAAGCAAAAGUAAAUGGAGUUCACUCUCCAAAAAGAAGAUAGAAGAAAAAUCUUGCUACUCCCCCAGAACAGAAAAAUUAAUUGAUAUAAUUUCCCCCAUCCUGGACUAUUAUGGAUAUAAUAAGGAGGAUGUGUACAACUUUAUCAGUUUAUACAAAUUUGACAUAGAGAAAAUUCAGCUGGAAUUAUGCAACAUUAUGGAGUCUAGAGAAGAAAAUAACGAAGGGCUGUGGGAAACUGUCAAAAGUAAAAAAAAUAAGAAACCAGUCGAAAAGAAUAGCAAAAAUAAUAAUUCCUUGCAGGGCACCUCGGGGAGAAAAGACAAUAAACAAAUUGGUAAAAUAUUUCCCAAAGGGUUAAGAUUAAAGGAAAAGGAUCCUCGGAGAAAUAAAACGAUCAUAACAGAUUCCUCCUUUGCAGUUGGCCAAUAUAGUAAUAAGCCCUUCACUUCGAGUAACCAUAAAGCAACGCACAUUGUAAGUAACCGUGCAAAAUGUGAGAACUCGUCAACAUUACAUGAAAUUAAUAAAAAGAUUCCUGAGGAGCGGGGAUCGAAGGAGAAGCAGGACGUGGACAAAAGUACAAGAAAACUUGUGAAUAUAAAAUCGUUAUCAACAGUAGCAGCGUCGGCAACGGCAUCUGCGACAACAACCACGGCUGCGACCGCUGCGGCCACUGCGGCAGCCAGAGCAGCAGACGAUGGAGCAAAUCGCGAUGCGGCGGAAAAGUCCAAGGAGGGUAUCAAAAAGAAGGGAACGUUAAAAUCGGAAGAAGAAAAAAGAAAAGGCUUGAAUGAAAGUUACGAUGAGGAUUUCAUGAAUAAUAAUUCCCCAGAAGAAAGGGACACAAAUAAGAGAAAAAAAAAUGCAAUUAAAGAACCAGGCGGGGUGGUGAAUGAAGAGCAUUUUGCAAAAGGUAGAGAAGAUAACUCGAACAAAAAGGGUAAAAAAAGCGGUUACAAUAACGUUGGAAGUAGCAGCGUUAGUAAUCCCAAUAUUAAUAGUCAUUACAACCAAUUUGAUAAAAAAAAAUAUGUUAAGUUGGAAGACGGCAAAGCACCACCCGCAGCGGCAUCCACGGCAACAGGCGGAGGAUACAAAUCCAUCGAUGAGCACAGGAUUAAAAAGGAUUCCAAGGGGAAGGGAGCAAUCAUCAUCCCCUCCACAGACACAGGCACCACCACUACGAACAGUGGGAGUGGUAACCAAGACCCCGCCAAUGUGGGCACGAACGGUCUCGGAACGACGACGAUGGCUACAAGUGCCAACAGGUAUAGUAACUUCAACUGUCAUGAUAAAUAUUUUAAUAAAAACUACAACAGAUAUAGUGGCAAGCCCCUAAACGAUUCACUAAUCCCAAGAAACGAGAAGCAGAGGUUUCCCCCAUUUAGUAAUAAAUCCACAGAUGUGUACAACAGUGGGGGAAAUCAUAGUUAUCUUAACUCAUAUACAAAAGGGGGACUGAAACCACCACCAUAUUUGAGCAAAAACAGUUUGAGAUCCAAGAGAAACACUAGUAAGAAUAACAGCAUAGAUCACGAUUACGAUGCUUACAGCGGCGAAAAGCUAGCUGACGAUACCGGGAACAACAAUGACCAGUCGAGUAGUAUACACAACGAAAACGACCUCAAUGUUAUGAAGAAGGUGGCGACUGAAACUGCCAAAAAGACGGGCAAUGAUAAGACAACGGCCAGCACGUCCUACGCAUCUGUUGUUAACAGCAAAAUGAAGCAAUCGUCAUUAGCAUCACCCUUAGAAGAAGCGAAAAACGUCGAAGUGAAACGAACGGGAACGAUGAACACGCAAAUUAUAUCGAAUGAUAGUACCUUUGUAAAGGAAGAAAAAAAAGAAAAAAAAAAAAACAAAUGUCAAUUAAUCCCAAUUAAGAAUAAUCAACCAGAAAAGCUGUGGGUAUCAGUUAUCACGAAAGGUAGUGUAAGCACGAGCAGUAACCCUGCGAAUUCUCAGGAUGUCGGUGAAAAGGUGGAUCCUUCCGGCACGAAGAAAAAUGCCCUCAGCAGUUCUAAAGAAUUGAAGCCGGAAUCGACCUCGCAGCAGGUCAUCAAGAAGACAUCCGAUCAGAGUGGCAAGCCUGAAAAACAGAAGAAAAAGGGAAAGGGAAAAGAGAAGGAUAAAGAAAAGGAAAUAGAAAGCAUUUCCAAUAAUGUGUGUCCUUCUGGCAUCGCUGCAAAGGAUACCAACCUAAGUAGCAGCAAUAACUCAGGCUACAAAAAUAAGGACCAUUUGAGCAAAGUUCGCUCGAAAGGUGAAAACCAGCCUGAUGGAGAAGAACCACUCCAUAGCAAAGGAACUCAGUUAAGUUACGGCAAGGAUGGAAAAAAUGAACCCAUGCCUAGCAUGAGGAAUAACAACAAAUCGUCGUUCGUCGAGGUGGAAGCGAACAGAGCACAACCAUUUGUAGAUCAACAUACCAAAACGGAAAAGGAAAAAUACACAAACGAAAUGAACAACGUAAGCAACAAAGAACCCACUAGUGCCAAAAAAAUCAGCGAAACGAAGCUAGACACUGAUGAUAAGAAAAAGAAAAAGAAGAAAAGCAAUGAUCAGGAUGUGAUCUCAGCCCCCAUUAAUGACAGUAAGAUUUCCACAAGGGUAAAAACCGCGUCAGAUUCCCCAGUGCACGAGAUGAAAAGAGGCAGGGGUAGCAAAGUGAGCAGCAACAAUAAUAGAAGCCUGAACCUAACAUACAGUACGGAGAAACUCGUGUCAGACGACUUUACCCAAUCGAAGGGCUACGACGGAAAGGAAAAAACAAGCAUCCCUAUAUACAUGCCCAACUUGGCGCUCAUGGGGAACAACACUAUGAACAAGAAAAUUUUCUUCGGAAGUAUAAAUAUCACUGGCAAUCAAAUCGAAGACAUUCACAUGAUGCCAGAUAGCAAACUGGAGCACAUCAGGAAUAACAGGGGAGGUAACGGUAGCGGUAACAACGGACAUAGCGGUGCGUACGGCGAGCCGAGCGGUCGUUUUGGCACCCACGCCGGUGGCUUCCACAACCAAGGCAGCACCAGUUACAACCACGGUCUUAGUAGCUACAACACGCAGGGAAGCAACUACAACAGCGGAGCAUAUAAUAACAGUAGUAAUAACAAUAGUAGCAACAAAAUGGUGCACACCGAAAACAGAAAAAAAAAUAACCUCAGGAAGAAUUACAGCAUUGAUUCGGCUUCCAUGGGUAUUAACAACGACCACCUAGGCAGCGGCAAUCACAACCGAUCCUCUGCUAUGCAUCACAAGGAAAACGACAACAGAGACUACGACCACAACAAUAACGACUUUAGAGGAUCAAAGGAAAGAGAAUUUAAACACUUCGAUUUUAAAAGCAGAAACCACAAGAGAGAAGAUAACAACGAGAUACUUAAUGAGAACAAACACAAGUCCAUAUUUUCAUCUUCCAACAGUAAGCAUGCCCCCCAUCAUGUGCAUACUAAAUCGCAGAAUUUGUAUUUACCCAAAAUGACAACGACAACGUCGUCGUCGUCCGCUGCUGUGGCUGCAGGGACAACAGCGAUGUCAUCUUCCUCGUCAAACAACCAUCACCACCAUAUACAUAACAAUAGUGGUAAUGUCAACGUCAACAAUGGAAAUCAGAACGCGAAAGACAUCUUGAACAGCUCCUCAUCGGUUUUCAUGAAUCAAUCCCCGAGAACGAACGGCUCACAGGAGAACUCCUCCGCCCUGAUGAGUGGAAAUGGCACCAAGUACGUGCAGAGCGCACUGAAUAGCAAGAACUACGACUCUGACGGGGACGACUCCGGUUCGAUACAGCUGAAUAAAAUUUCACAGAAGUUUCUGCACGGCGGCGUUGGGACGGCGGGCGCAAACGGCAGCGGUAAUACCAACGGUAACAGCGGUAACAGCGAUGGAAACGGCCUAAACGGCGUAAAUGACGGAAACGGCGGAAACAGCAACAACUUGGCCAACUCCAGCAUCAUCGCAAACAUCGGGGCCAGCAACACAGGUGCCACUAGCAUGUCGAACAAAAACACCAACACAGAUGUCAGCAACAUCAGUUUAAUGAACAUGGGCAUGAACAACCUCAGCAACAAUAACAUGUACAAUUCUUACAACUCCCCCCCAGGGCUGGCCAACCAGUUUAAUUACUCAUUCACCAAUCUCUCCUACCCGUAUAACAAUAUGCACUAUAAUGGAUACUCCACACAGACGUUGCUGCCGCAGUAUGGACUUAUCAAUAAUCACUACACAAAAAAUAAUAGCAUGCACAACAAUAACUUUAACUACAAUAUGAAUUACGAUAAUUUCGAUGAGAGCAAUUUGUAUGCACACAACAACAAUAUGCACAUGAAUAACUACGUUAACUACAUGAACGUGAAUGUAAAGAAGAAUCAAGGAAAUAACUUGGACGACGAUAAUUUGAGUAAUUCUGGCGAGGUGUCCAUAUCUGGGUCGCUGCAGCAGCCGCAGAACCCAGCGCAUGAGAACCAGAACAGCUCUAACCAAAACGCACCCAACGUGAAUAAUAACAGCAACAACAAUGGUAACGCGAAUAGCAGCAGCAACAACAACAGUAACAACAACAGCAACAAAAAUAGCAACAGCAACGGUGGUAGUAACGUCUGCCUCGACGGAACGACCAACAACGGAAUUAACAAUCUAUCCCUGAACAAUAUUAACAUGAAUAGUAGCGUUAACCCUAACCUAACCAUGUCGUGCGCGACGAGCGCCACGAGCGAGUUAAAGAAUAAACAACAGAUAAGUAAAAACAUGAGCGAUAUGCAGCUGCAACAACAGUCCAUCUCAUCCCUGAAGCAGAAUCAGAUCCAGCAAAGUAAGACUGGCUCCAGUUUGAAUACCACCCAACAGCAGCACACGUCCAAUCAACACAGCCAAAGUAAACACACAGGACAACAGAACCAGCAAAACUUGCUAAAUAAUAAUAAUAACAGCUCCAUAAAUCAGUACACACAAAACCAAAUCAGCCCAAACAACUCGCAAAACACUGCCUCCUCCACCUCUUCCUCCCUCACGAGAAAAGUAGAAACCAAUAAUCUGAACGUUGCAACACAAAACAACCAAAACAAUCAAAACCACUUCUUAAACAAACAGCUGUACCAUAAUAGCAGCUACUACAAUGUUAACUCAAACAAUAAUUAUAAUAUCCCCCCCGGUUUUAACAUGACCCAAGAAAAGGAACAGAACAAUAAUUACCUCGGUAACAACGUGUCGUCCACAAAUGCCAACACGAGUGUGGCGGCCUACCGAAACAACUGGAACAAUAUUAACGAGAAAAAUUUAAACCACUACAGCUUGAACUACAAUUAUAAUAGGAGUACCAAGAACAACUUCAACUACACCAGCAACUUGAACUACAACAGCAGCAACGGAUACAACGGGACGAGAGACAACACGAACAACUUCUUCAACUACAACAGCUUCAACUACGGCCUGCAGACCCCACCUGGCCUGCAGAAUUACUACCAAAAUACGCAGUACCAGCAGCAGAACAGCUACUCCAACCGGAAUUAUAAUUACACGGGGUACAACAACAACUUGUCCAUGUGGAGUAAGUAA